CCCCCCUCUUCUCUGAUCACACCCUAGUGUAACCCAAAACUUCACAACAUAACGCAACACCCCCAAAACAAAACCAAUUUUUGUUUUCUCUUCUUCAGUUGUUGCCAUGACCACAAUCACUAGGCACAGUUACAAGCUCUCCCUCAAAAGAGCCACAAAGAGAAUAACAAGAAGGAGAAGAAGAAACCCACAUAACCACCGAAAAAGAAGCACCAGCACCACGAUUGACCCUUUCAAACCAAAGUGCAGUAAUAAUAAUAAGGUUUGUGAAAAGCUUGAAACUCUGAAGAACCUCAUCCCCGGUGGAGAAGAAGCGGUGAAACCCGACCAGCUGUUCAAGGAAACCGCGGAGUACAUCGUGUUGCUGCGGACGCGCGUCGUGGUUCUCCAGAAGCUCAUUGAGUAUUAUGGGAACAAGGACGACACCCAGGAUGAGAAUGAACAUGAUGCUGUCUUGUUCUCAUAGCUCUUCACUUUCUUCUAACUUUUUUUUUUUUUGUAAUAAUAAAAAAUUUAUAAUAACUUAUUGAGAGAGACCCACUCUUCUUAUUAUUCUUUUGUGUUUCUUAAAUGUUUUGUUUUGUCCUUUCAUUAAUGAAGAAAAAAAAAAGAUCUUUGGGA